GUGAUUGCUAGAAAGGCCGGGCUGGGAGCUCUGCGGCGGGAGCCUGGAGAAGGAUGAGCCGCCCGGUGCGCUGUGCCCAGAGCCCAGCCCUGCCUGGCGCAGCUCCGGAACUCUGGGUGGCACCGCGCGCGGGGAACUUUGGGCACCGCCUUUGGGACCCCCUGUCGACUGGCAGGCAGGAUGGUGUGCUCCCGGUCUCCUGUUCUGUGGACACCUGUGGGCAGAGCCUCGCCUGGGAGACCCCUGUGGAGUGAGUGUGCUAGGAGCCGCCUCACACCUGAUACAAAAGCCAGUGGUGGUGAGAGAGCUGCUAUUUUAAGUUGCUGAAUGGAGCCUCAGAAGAUAAGUGAGGGGAGGGGACAGAGGUUAGGCAGAUAGUGGGCCUGGGUGCCUGGCCAGCCUGAGCAGGCAUUGGAUCUGCCAAGUAGGGCACAUCUCUGCAAGGCUGCUCCCCUCCUCCCCAGGCUGGCAUCCCUACCACGGGCUUCCUGAAUACAGGUACUGGCCUCGUGCCCCACGGCACCUGUCUGCUGAUGAGCCCAGCUCCUGCCCACCAUGCCGCCCUACAUCUCGGCCUUCCAGGCUGCCUACAUUGGCAUCGAGGUACUCAUUGCCUUGGUCUCCGUGCCCGGGAACGUGUUGGUGAUCUGGGCAGUGAAGGUAAACCAGGCGCUUCGGGAUGCCACCUUCUGCUUCAUCGUGUCCCUGGCGGUGGCUGAUGUGGCAGUUGGUGCCCUGGUCAUCCCACUGGCCAUCCUGAUCAACAUUGGGCCACAGACCUACUUUCACACCUGCCUCAUGGUGGCCUGCCCUGUCCUCAUCCUUACCCAGAGCUCCAUCCUCGCCCUGCUGGCAAUUGCUGUGGACCGAUACCUCCGUGUCAAGAUCCCUCUCCGGUACAAGACGGUGGUGACUCAGCGGAGGGCAGCUGUGGCCAUUGCCGGCUGCUGGAUUCUCUCCCUCGUGGUAGGCCUGACACCUAUGUUUGGCUGGAACAACCUGAGUGUUGUGGAGCAAGACUGGGUGGCCAACGGCAGCGUGGGGGAGCCUGUGAUCAAAUGUGAGUUCGAGAAAGUUAUCAGCAUGGAAUACAUGGUCUACUUCAACUUCUUCGUCUGGGUGCUGCCACCACUGCUCCUCAUGGUCCUCAUCUACCUGGAGGUCUUCUACUUGAUCCGCAAGCAGCUCAACAAAAAGGUAUCAGCCUCCUCUGGUGACCCACAGAAGUACUACGGCAAAGAGCUGAAGAUUGCCAAAUCACUGGCCCUCAUCCUCUUCCUCUUUGCCCUCAGCUGGCUGCCUCUACACAUCUUGAACUGCAUCACCCUCUUUUGCCCCACCUGCCACAAGCCCAGUAUCCUCAUCUACAUUGCCAUCUUCCUCACACAUGGCAACUCAGCCAUGAACCCCAUCGUCUAUGCGUUCCGCAUCCACAAGUUCCGGGUCACCUUCCUGAAGAUUUGGAAUGACCAUUUCCGCUGCCAGCCCAAGCCUCCCAUUGAUGACGACCUCCCUGAGGAGAAGGUUGAUGACUAGACUGCCUUGUGCUCUCACCAGCCCACAGCCGACAGCUCUGGACCCAGCCUUCAUAUCCUCGCUGUUCCACUGCUCUUCCUGAGCUUCCCCAGCUGGGCUGUGGGCUGUGGGUGCUACAGGCACUAGGGGAUGGGGCUCUGAAGAGAUACAUGGAAUAGGGGCCCUUCCACAAGGAUCCAACCACCUUGCACCUUGGAGACCUGGAAGAGGCUUGGGAGGGCAGGCCAUGGCAAGGAACGGGGUAUCCAGAGGUGAGAGAGGUGUCUUGAGUACCUCCUUUCUGGCUGUCCUGAGUAGUUCAGAGCUUUGGGGCUGUGCAGACCCUGGGGUCCUACUUAACUGUGAAGGAGCCUUUGGGGAUAGAAUGCUCUGUCUCUUGCAUCCAGACAGGGGAGCCUACUAUUCUUAGGGGUUGUUGGCCUAAGGGACCAAGUUCAAGGAGAGGUGAAGACCCCCUCAAAGGUAGAUGGAUGGAGAGAAAUGGGAGAUGUCCUGGCUUUGCUUUCUCUCCUGUUCUGUAGAAGGUAGCAAGGAUUUUGUGACCCAGGCCAUACAGGUACUAUGAUGCCUGCUGCCCUUGCCCUAAAAAGCCUGGUGUUAAUCUUGAGAGAGGCAAAAAGAGUAGAUCCAGAGAUCCUUUCUCACGUUUGCUUUAUUUACAGCCCUGGACUCCCAGCGGGUCUCUGAGACCUGGAAAUGAGCAUGGUGCCGUAGGUACUGGCCUCACACAGCACCAGAGGGCAGUACUGAGCCCUUCUUGCCUUGGACUUCUGGAAGCCUCUGGUGUAACUUUCUGUCAUCUGGGCCACCAAAUUUCACCAACUCUCAAUGACAGAUCUGAACUCUCCUGGGUGACACCAUUUCUGCUGCUGGUCCUGUGAGAGGAGAGCCCUAGGCAGGCCAGCCCUUGGGUGCAUUCUGAGUUUGUGGGGAGGAAGAUAAGGAAAGCAGCCAAGAGGAUCCGGCUGACUAUAGGCACUUGUAGGGGUAUAGUAGACCAGGUCAGAGAAGACCACUCUCCUGGGGGCAUGAAGGAUUGCCUCACCAGCAUUUAAACACUUCGGAUGCUCCUUCGGGCAUUUAGCUUAGUUUUCAGAGGCUUUGUUGCUAAUACAGUCUAGGCCUUUAGGGGUCUGGGCUAGGACCACCCCCUGCUGAGCUGGGAGGUCGGGGGUUGUCUGUUUGUUUUUUACCCUGUGUGGGAGGCAAGCAGGGGAGGGUAACAGGUUCUGAGUGUGAAUAUUGACUCCAGUUCUUGAUUUCAGGCUCUUCCCUUGGUCAGAGGUAGGAUGUCCCUAGCUCUUAAGGAGGCCCAUGUGUCUAAUAAAAGACUGUGAACCCC